CACUGGCUCUUAUAUACCAAAGUUGUACACACAAAGUUGGCAUUGAAUGUUACCUUCUCCCUCUGGCACAGGCAACUGGUCUGAUAUCCCCUUUGCCACGGACCCUGUUAAUCUUAAUCAGACUAUACCCAAUCCUCUGUCAAACGCCAUGGCCUAUCAGCUCUCCGUAUCGAUUUUCGGCCCAGGUAUAUCUGAGCCUGCUCACUGGGGAUUCGUCAUCCACCAACCACCCAACGAUUCUGGUGAAUUGUUGCAUGUAAGGGUGAUCGAUGUACCCAUGAACAUAUUCCAAUUUGAGCCUCGAGUCCCACACCUACUGGAUUCCCAGGGCGCCUACGGACUGUGCAAAAUAGCAGACUUGGAUGGAGCACAGCGCUUCAAGGUGGCUUCCAUCCUGGAGAGAGAGGUGCCGGCCCCAAGAGGUGGGAUGAAAAACUGCCAGGAUUGGGUGCUAGAUGGGUUGGUCGCGCUUGAGGUGGAAGAACUGGUUGCAGAUGGGACGACGGCAAUCUGGACAUCAAGGGUUGGCAAGAGAACAGAUGUCAUCAAACGCGAGGCUGGUAGGGACUGGCACUCACUGAAUAAUCGUUGAGCAACAACUAGAUACCAAAUACUGGCUAUAAGCCAGUGGUUGAUGUAUCGAAAGCGGCAUAUUGCCAAUCAGUAUUCUGGCCGUAACUAGGUUUAACAAGAUAAGGAUAUGUCGAAAGAGCCUUAUGUCUAUGUGGAUAUAGCAGCAAGAGGACACACUCUAUACAGGCGAAUACCGCAUCAUCGACCGGUCCACCUCAUCCAUCAACGCCCACUGCUCUGCGAAAAACGGAAUACACUCGUCGAUCAUCUUAACCCAGGGCUGAUCCAUAGCAAUCCGCUUGGCGGCGAAGAACUCCCGCUCUGGCAGGCUGUACCCCGAAUUCCCCCAGUCAAUUAUCGCUGUGAUGACUCCGUCCCUGACUAUGAUAUUCCCCGGAUGGACGUCCCCGUGGGUCAAGACCCCCAGGGUAGUAGUCGACCGCUCAUCCGCCAGAGCCGGAGAAGCAGUUAGAAUCUUCUGCUUCAAGGCUUCCUCC